AAUCCACGCAAGUUCAUUGCCUGAACAUGUACCCUAGGACUUGGGCCCAGGAUGUGUUACGGUGUCGUCUCUGUGAGACUCCGGGCCCCCCUAUGUACUGUGACAUUUGUCACAUACAUCUGUGUAAAGCAUGUGUGGGGGAACAUCUCUCAGAUCAAUCCAAAGAACACAAAGUGCUGCCAUUUGAAAAAAUAGGAUCUACUCCAAAUUACCCAAAGUGUCCUAAACAUUCCACACGACAGUGUGAACUUCACUGUGAACAUUGUGACAUUCCUAUUUGUGCACUCUGUAUUUCCUCCAAAGAACACAAAACUCAUGAUGUAGUAGACAUUUUAAACAGUUUGAAAAGCAAGCGACAUGUUUUAGAGAAAGAUUUACAAGAGUUGCAGAAAUUCAUUUAUCCUAAAUAUCAAGAGAUUGCAUCUAUUAUCCCAGUUCAGAAAAAAGAUUUUAAAAAAAAUUCCAAGAAAUUGACAACCGCAAUAGACAAACAUGGAGAAGUCUGGCACAAAGAAAUAGACAUCAUUAUACAGAAACUGAAAUCUGAUCUUGAUGAAAUGGACUCCAAACACCUGGCUGUCUUCAACAAACAGGAAGAUGAAAUCACACGCACCAUUUCUGAAAUCACACAGAGCAUUGCUGAUCUGAAGAAGUUACUGGACUCCAAUGAUGUCAGCCGUGUCUCUGCCUACAAAUCCAGGAUUGCUGAAUUCAGAAGAUUGCCUCCUAAACUCACAGUUUCUCUACCAAACUUCACCCCUCAGAAAAUUAACCCAGAACAACUUUACCAACAAUUUGGUUCUCUGUCAGCAUUCUCCAUUACAACAGAGGAACAUGGCUACACCAUGGAUUCCCCUGGUGCUGAGUCCUCUACCCUGGACAGAACGCUUUUUGAUGUACCACGGAUCAUCACAGAGAUAAACACUGGGUAUGGGCGCUUUGAAAUCAGUAAUAACGGAUUGCGCGGUGUGUCCUGUGUGAAUGAUGAAGAAAUCUGGACGUGUGGUGAUAAUAUUAAGAUGAUGGGUCUCUACAACCUGCAGGGGGAACUAGUGAAGUCAGUCCAAACCAAGUCAGGGAACCAUCCAUGGGACAUAGCAGUGACAAGGAGUGGGGAUCUAGUUUAUACUGAUUAUAUUGAUAGAACUCUGAACAUAGUGAAGAAUACACAGAUACAGACAGUGAUCAGACUACAGGGGUGGAAACCUAGCGGUGUCUGUAGUACCUCCUCUGGUGACCUCCUGGUUGUCAUGGACAGUGAUGAUAGAAAACAAACAAAAGUUGUUUGUUACUCUGGCUCCACAGAGAAACAAAGUAUUCAGUACGAUGACAAAGGACAACCUCUCUAUUCAUCUGGUAGCAUUAAAUACAUCAGUGAGAACAGGAACCUAGAUAUCUGUGUGUCAGACCGUGACACCCAUGCAGUAGUGGUGGUCAAUCAGGCCGGGAAACUCCGGUUUACCUACACUGGUCCUCCCUCUACUACCAAGGGAUCAUUCGAUCCACGCGGCAUCACAACAGACAGCCAGGGUCGGAUCCUGACAGCAGACUAUAACAACGACCGUAUCCACAUCCUGGAUCAGGACGGACAGUUCCUCCGCUACAUUAACAACUGUGAUUUACAGCGUCCAUGGGGUUUAUGUGUGGACACCAGAGACAACCUCUUUGUGGCUGAGUACGACACAGAAUCCACGCAAGUUCAUUGCCUGACCAUGGACCCUAGGACUUUGGCCCAGGAUGCGUUAUCCAUGAAAACAGAAGAACAAGUCAUCACCAUAGAUUCUCCCGGUGCUGAGUCCUCUACCCCUAACAGACCGCUCAUUGAUGUACCAAGGAUCAUCGCACAGAUAAACACAGCUAGUAUUAACGGAUUGUGCAGUGUGUCCUGUGUGAGUGAUGAAGAUAUCUGGACGUGUGACAAUGAGAUUCAGAUAAUUAGACUCUACAACCUGCAGGGGGAACUAGUGAAGUCAGUCCGAACCAAGUCUUGGAACACUGUAUACGACAUAGCAGUGACAAGGAGUGGGGAUCUAGUUUAUACUGAUUACAAUGAUAGAACUGUGAACAUAGAGAAGAAUACACAGAUACAGACAGUGAUCAGACUACAGGGGUGGAAACCUCAGGGUGUCUGUAGUACCUCCUCUGGUGACCUCCUGGUUGUCAUGGAGAGUGAUGAUAAACACACAAAAGUUGUGUGUUACUCUGGCUCCACAGAGAAACAAAGUAUUCAGUACGACGACAAAGGACAACCUCUCUAUUCAUCUGGUGGCAUUAAAUUCAUCAGUAAGAACAGGAACCUAGAUAUCUGUGUGUCAGACUGUAGCGCCCGUGCAGUAGUGGUGGUCAAUCAGGCCGGGAAACUCCGGUUUACCUACACUGGUCCUCCCUCUACUACCAAGGGAUCAUUCGAACCACGCGGCAUCACAACAGACAGCCAGGGUCGGAUCCUGUCAGCAGACUGGUACAACCACCGUAUCCACAUCGUGGAUCAGGACGGACAGUUCCUCCGCUACAUUAACAACUGUCAUUUAAAGUAUCCAUAUGGUUUAUGUGUGGACACCAGAGACAACCUCUUUGUGUCUGAGAACAUCACAGGUAAAGUGAAGAGAAUCCAGUAUUACACAUAAAAUAAAUAUGUGUAUACAUACAAAUAUAAACAAUAUAACAUGUAUACACUGAACAGUUGGUAUGGUACAUUUUAAUAAUUUAAACUUAUUAUAUAAGUGUGCAUCAUUUUUUAAUCAACUGAAUAUGUAUAAUAGUAAAUCUUUUACAAACGUUAUCAUCAUGAUCAUUACGUAUGUAAAUAUGUGUAAAAAAAACUGUGGUUAGAUCCCAUAUGAAUAAAUUACAUGUGUGAAUAUAACAUUUGAACAAACUACCAGAGUAUGUUUAUUGAUAUUUAAUACUCUAUCAUGUAUAAAUAAGAACAAUUCUUUAUGCAUGUUGUAUAUAUGUGCAUAAAUAAAGAUAAUGUGUUUGUGUU